AUGGGGUCCACUGUCUCCACACCUCCACAUAGUGCAUCGGAUUCAUACUCCAGAAACGAGAUCAAGCUUUCGGGAACAAACACAGUCACGGGCGAAAACCCCGUGGACGCAAAGUUUGAGCAGUGUCUUCAUCACAUCUCGCAUCUCGAACUGCGACCUUUCCUGAGUCCAAUCGAUAUACUGAAGAACUAUCGUGUGACAUAUGAUCCAGAGCUCGACCUGGCCCUUCCGAAGGCCGAGCGAAAGCAUAACUCAAAGAAGUUUCGUUUCCAGACAGAACACCAUGAAAACCCUCCAUCGGACCCUAGAGUGAAGAUGGGUAUACACAACUACUUCUCCAAGCCCAACAAGACAUCCAAAAAGUUACAAUUCAAGCAUUUACCUCAACCACGAUUCAUUUAUGACAAGGACUCCUUAGGGCUGCCGCCUCUCACUGAAUUGGUCGUCUGGGACCUUCCGACCACUAUCACCGAGGUAUACUUCACCAACUUUUUCGAGGCUUACGGCGAUAGAGUCAAAGAUGUGAAGUUUUUGAAUGACUCCACAAAUGCUGUUCCGCUUGGAAUAGCCACAUUCUCUUUCCAGGGUAACCUAGAGAAGUCAUCGAGGAUCGCAAAAGCUCUUAUCAAGCGUAUUCGCGCAGAGGAGCCCAAGAUCGACGGUGUCAAUCUAAAAAUUGCCCUUAACGAUAGUGAUAGCCAUUUACUCAAUGCAAAGAUUAAGGUUGCCAAGAGUCAACUACACGUUGAAAGACUCAAGAGAGAGAAGACAGAAAAGAGACUACUGGAGAUCAAGAAGAAAAAAGAAGCCAGAGAGGCACGCAAGGAGAAGGCUGCCCAGACCACAGGAAAAGAUGCCACUGAAAAGACAAGAAGUCCAUACGAGGGCCUGCUUCCGAGCAAUAACACUACAACGAAGUCCAAGGUGCAUAGAAACAAAGUCGUUGAAGGGUGCCCAAUUCCUGACGAGCUCGUCAAGUAUGUUAAAGAUCGUCCCUUCAUCUUCAUCGCUGAUCUGUUUGUCCCAGUGAAGAAGAUCUCGUCGCAGGAUGUUAAGAAAAUCUUGAUGAAGUAUGAUUGGACUAGAGUUCUCACAGACAAGCUAGGUUUUUACGUGGUCUUCAACUCUCUCAAAGAGUGUUACCGCUGCUACAAGUAUGAGGACGGUCUACGGUUCUUCGAGUACCGCAUGUUCAUGGAGAUUUGUGUUCCGGAACACUUUGAUCCCGAAAAGACUGCUUCGAGGGUAGCACAGAGCCACGGAAGUGGACACGAUGUUGUUGACGAGGCUACAAAUAUGCUCAUCAAAGAGUUCCAGACAUUUUUGAGCAAGGACAUCAGAGAAAGAGUCAUUGCUCCCACAGUUCUUGAUCUCCUUGCUCCUACGAAUUACCCUGAGCUCAUGGCAGACUUGAAGAAGAGACAAGAGGAAGAAGAGGAGCUCGCGCAAAAGAAAAAGAAGGAAGAGGAAGCUAAGGAUAGCGGAUCUUACUCGUUCUUACAAGACAGGCGUAAAGACACAAAGAAAGGUGAUCCAAAUAAUGAUCGUGUCUUGAUGCUUCCCAGCUUCACCAAAAAAAUUGGUGCCUCGCCUAAGGGCAAGCUGAAGAAAAUGAAGAGCAUGUUGCCAAUGCAGCAUGCAUUGAACUACGCUGAUCAAGACUCAGAUGCUUCCGACGAAGAAGAUUCGAGCCGCUCUGUAACUCCCGCUCCAUCUAUGAAGAGAGAAUUAUCACUGACAAUUACUUCACAAGAUGACGAGGCUCCAUCCAAAAAGCAUAAGUCUUCCAAGCUUCGGGAGACCUUUAUGUACGACGAAACGUCAGAAGAAGAGGAGGAAGGUGUCGAAGGUGAGGCUAUGGAGAUUGAACCCGAAGAAGAGGAGCGCGUUGAGCAGGUUGAUGAGCUCUAUGCACCUACCGAAACCACAGCUCCAGUUCCAGUAGUCGAAGAGAUCGAGCAGCAGGCUGGCAGUCUAUUCGAUUUGCACAGAUUGGAAAGUGUUGUCCGCGAUGACGAAGACAUGGAAUUGGCACGUAAGGUACUUGCAGACAUCACACCUGCAGUGGUCAGACAUCCCGAGUACUGGGCAUGGAAGCAGAAGGAACUGUCCAAGGCAAUCAUCUCCGAGGAAGAGUCGAUUGGAGUUCUCAGCGAUCGUUUGGAGUGCUCCACUGGUUCUUUCAAAAGCGAGGGAUACAGAAAGAUUGCUGAUGCAGACAAAAUCGAGUACUUGCCCUACAGAAGAAAGAUUCACAAGCCGCUUAAAACUGUUCAACACGACGAGGAAGAGCAUGCCUCCGGCGGUACUUCGAAUAGCGGUGUACAGAGCUCACGUGUGAACCGUGCCAACAACAGAAGAUUUGCAGCCGACAUCAGUGCUCAGAAGCAGAUUUUGAGUACAGAGUCCGAUAUCCUCAACUUGAACGCUUUGAACAAGCGUAAAAAGCCUGUUUCGUUUGCCAGAUCGGCAAUUCAUAACUGGGGUCUCUUUGCUCUUGAGCCAAUUGCGGCUAAAGAAAUGAUCAUUGAGUACGUUGGUGAGAGCAUCAGACAGCAGGUGGCCGAACACAGAGAAAAGAGUUAUCUCAGGACGGGUAUUGGAUCUUCUUACCUUUUCAGAAUUGACGAAAACGUGGUCAUUGACGCUACCAAAAAGGGAGGUAUUGCCAGAUUCAUCAAUCACUGCUGCAACCCUAGUUGUACUGCCAAAAUCAUCAAGGUGGAUGGUAAAAAGAGAAUCGUCAUCUACGCACUUCGUGACAUAGACGCCAACGAGGAGCUCACCUACGAUUACAAGUUCGAGAGAGAGACGAAUGAUGCCGAGAGAAUUCGCUGUUUGUGUGGUGCUCCUGGAUGCAAGGGCUACUUGAACUAA